AUGAGUAUAUUCGGCGGCGGAAAAUGGCGGAGAGAGGCGGAGCAGCUGGUGGUUAAGCCUUUCCGGCUAGUGACAACAACUCUCCUCAGCCUCCUCCUUCCUCUCUCUUUCCUUUUCCUUAGCCGUCUCUCUUCAGCUUCUUUCCUCUUCUCUCUGACCAAAUCUCCGCCGCAAACGGAAUCAUCUUUCUUCUUCUUCUCUGUCUUUUUCAACUACACGAAUCCGGCGAUCUUAUACGCCGUCGUCUCGUCAAUAAGCGUGUACACACUAGUUCUUGGUCUAACCACCAAGAUCACAGCGACUGAUCCUAGCCGUUCGAUUCCGUUUCUUCCACAUGUCAGCAUCGCGUGGCUCACGCUCUUCCUUGUUCAAAUCUCCGUCGGUUUAGGCCUUGAAGGAACGAAUGCCAACGGUUUAAUCAUUGGAAGUGAACGGAAUUUCUUGAGCAGGCUCGUGUUUUUCUUUGGUCUUCACGAGGUGAUGCUUUUGUGGUGCAGAGUGAUCGUGAGACCGGUGGUGGACAACACGUUGAUCGGAGGAGGAGACCACAAGAGAGAAGAGACGGUGGUGGAGAGAGUGGCUUUGGCCGUGAGCUGCGGGACGUUGUGGUGGUGGAAGCUUCGAGAUGAAGUAGAGGCUUUGGUUGGUGUGGCAGAGGCUAAAAAAGCAUUGCUCUUGUUAUUACCAAUCGAUGGUAAUAAUAAUGUGAACGGUAGUUUUGAUGUCGGAACGCUUGAUUUCGUGAAUUGGUGGUUGUAUUAUAUGGUUGUGACGAUUGGUAUGGUUAGGAUCGUUAAAGGGUGUUUGUGGUUUGGGAUGGUUUUGCUUUUCGAACAAGGCACAAGAAGAAAUCCACGUGGAGUCUCUACUGCUCCUCCUGCUUCUUCUCUUCAUAAUGACGAUGAAGGUGACAAUAAAGUGUAA